UGUAUUAUUUUAGAAAAAUUUGAAUUUAAAAUUAAUACAUUGUUGAUUGCGUUACUGACAUGUGAUAUAAAUGAGAAAAAAUUGUAUCCAGAGUGUAUCCUAUUUUGGUGGGUUUAUAUAAGUGCUGAUUUUGUAACAUGGUUGAAAACAAAGAGUUGGUUUUAGGACAAGAUGUUGUUCUUAACUUCGCUUAAGUGUACAGUUGAGUCUCAUCAUACCACCCCAGUGACUAGCUUACAAUGGACAAUUGAUGGUACAAAAUUGUUUACAUCAGAUAGUGAUGGAAAUGUUGCAAUUACUGUUAUAAAUAUGGAUGAGAGCAUAUCUCAUACUGUGUUUAUAUGCAAGGAAGAUUCUCCAGUGACACAGUUAUCAUUUUGCCAUACAGCCCUUCUUAUUUCAACACUUAGACGUACACUUGUGUGGCCUUUUAACACAAAGAAGAUUGUCCAAGUGGGGGUACAAGAACGCAAGCUAAUUGGUAACUUUGGAGCAUGUUUUUUUCCACCAUACAGUACUGUUCCUCCAGAUGACUUGUGUAUUUAUGCUGCCCGACCUGGUUUGCGGUUAUGGUGUGCUUCAGUGGAUGGCAAAGUGUGUUCAACUAUGAUAUUUAAGGAUUCGAUCUACAAAGGGGAACCCCACAUUUUAACUAUUGAUCUUCCAUCCCAUUCUGAUUCCUUAAUACAAAAUGAACAGAAACAGUUUGGUAAAAUGCUUGUUUUUAGUGAAAGAUUCUUAGUCUCCUGGCAAAGUUCCUGUUUAUGGGUCAUUGAUCCAACAACAGGAUGUGUUAUUGGUUGCCACAGUAAUCUUGGGUUUAUCGUAGAUGUUGCUUUAACAGGAAAUGAGUUGUAUGUUUUAUCCAAGGGGGAAACAAAUUUUCUUCGCCAAAUUAUUUUUGAAACAGUUGCUUCAGUUCCUUUAAUAAUCACAGAUGUUUUAGAUUUUAACAAUCCUUUUAAGAAAGUUGAUCGUUCAAGCUCUAUCAAUCACUUUGAAGACCAAGAUAAACUGGAAAAAAUUUUAGAUGAAGUAGCUUUGAAAGUAGAAACUAUCGUAAAAGUUGCAAUCAAUGACGUGAAAUAUAAAGUUAAAGAGUUAAAAGAGCAAAUAACAUCGCGAGAAGAAUCUGAGGAUGACCCUGCAAGUGAUUCUGACAAACUUCUGUCUAAUAUAAAAAACUUAUCAAUCAAAACCAACACAAUUUUACGAAGUACGAGACAAGAAAAAAGCUCAUCAGAAAAGUCUAAUGAAAGUGACUCUAAUAGUACAGAAAUUGAAAGACCAUUUGAACCGCUUGAAUCAAGCUGUGAAGAUGAAAAGAAUCAAAAUGAUAAAAAAAAGUUGUUUGAACAUCUUUCACAAAAAGAGUUUCCAUCAGAUAUUGUUUAUGAAGGGACUUCAAAAGGAACUACACCAAAACAAACUAAGAAGUCAAAAAAGUGUAAAACUUUAAUAAAAAAUGUCUCUCAGUGUAACGAAGAGCUACUAAAAAAUCCCUCUCAGCCUAAUGAUGAGCUAUUAAAGAUUUCUAAUGGCAGUCUUCCUGUUGAAAAUUCAUUUCAAAGAACAAGUUCUUUUGAGGCAGAUGAUAGUUCUUUUAUUAAUGAUCAAAAAGUUUACAUGAUUUCGAAUAACAUUAAGGAUGCUUCAAACCAUAAAAAUGAAUUAAGUAUUCAAAACAUUGUUAUGACCCAGGAACACUCAUAUAAAACAGAAGUUGCACAAAAUGAGGGAGAUACCAAAUAUAUACUGUGUUCCUCUCACACUCCCAAGGAGAAAUUACAUCAUGAUAUUAUAGAUAACUCUAGCAGUCCAGAAUUUUACUUUAUUGAUUCUCAAAAGGAGUUUGAUAAUCUGGCAAAUGUAAAAAGAUCUUUGAAUGAUUCUAGCUAUACUAUUGAAUCACAACCUCCUCCAGAUAGUUUGUUAAACAAUGUUAUUUUGUACACAUUAGAAAAGCAAUUGCAACCCAAUGAAGUUAAUUAUAAAGGGAAUGCAGAUGACUAUAUUGAAACAGAAGUUUUUUGUAAAAAUUCUUCAGAAGUAUCAUCAAAAAAAGAUUCUGCAUGUGAAACAAAUCUUAUUGAAAAUUCUAAUGAAAUUAAUAUUAAAACAUCUUUGCAUAAUAUAAUAAACAAUGAAAAUUCUUUAAAAGCCAAGAGUAGUUAUGAAAAAAUGAUUAGUGAAAAGUCUUUAAAUGUAGAAUAUUACAAUAAUGAAAUGGCCACUCAAAACUUUUUAAAAACUGAAUUCAGUGAUGAAAAUAUAAUAAUGGAGAAAUCUUUAACUAUUGAAUGUCAUAAUGAAAAAAUGAUUUCUAAAGCUUCUUUAAAAACAGAAUGUAGUGAUGAAAAAAUGAUUUCUAAAGCUUAUUUAAAAACAGAAUGUAGUGAUGAAAAAAUAAUAACUGAAAAAUCUUUAAAAACCAUUGAACCUCAAGAUGAUAAAAAUGCUGAUGACACUAAUAAAAACAAUUUAAAAUCAGAAUCAGAUUUGUUAUUAAAAGACAGUCGGCAAUAUGAUUUUUUUAAAGAUAAGUUUAAUGUCUCAGAUUAUAAUACAAGACUUAAUAACAUUGCUCAUCGUCGACAAGGCAGCAAUGUUAGUGCACACAGCAUUGGCCAUAGUGAACGCUGUAGGGAAGUUAGAGGAGAGGCAGUUGAACUUUCUUUUAAUCCUCAGUUAUCUUUAUUUAAUGAAGACAUUGAUUUGCAAUCUAACUUGCAAAUAGUAAACUAUGAAGAACAAUUUAUGCCAAGAGAGAACUCUCGAGAUAAUUGUAAGUUGUACCCUGUAAGUCCAUUUCCUGCGCCUCAAAUGCAAUCUAAUUACUAUCAACGCAGUACCAGUUUCUCAGAAACAUCUUUACCUGGGUUUGAUGAUAGAUUAGAGGCAGAAGAACAGUUAUUUGAUGCAAUUGGAGAAUACGAUAGAAUUGACGUAAAUGCAGAUCUGAUAGAAUCUAUAGAAUCAGUUACAGAUAUUGAAGAUAACCUAGACUUAUCCAAUUUAGACUUAUCUUCUGAAGAAUUAAAAGCAGGAGGAAUACCAAUUAAAAAAAAACGGCGUACUAAAAAUAAAUCAAGUUUUCCUAACUCUCCAUGUGGCUCAGAUAUGGAAGGUCGUCCUCUUCAUUCUCCUAAAGCUCUUUCUGAAGUUGUUAAUGAACGGCUGCGUUAUCUUGCAGAUAGCUGGGCUGAAGUGGAAGGGCCAGCUUGUGGUCAGUUGCAAGGUGUAGCUUGUUCAGCAACUCUUUUAUGGUCUGUUGAUCAACAUGAUCAUGUGUUUUAUACUCCUUCUAAAGUACGUUCUGGAAUGCAUGAAUACAUCUGGAAAAAACUAGAUGGGCGAGCAGUUCAGAUUGCAUGUAAUCAGCAUGGUUCUGUUGUAUGGUGCGUUGACAGGCAAAGGGUUGCAUAUUAUAGAACAUCUGUUCGAGAAAAUAAUCCUCAAGGUAAUAGUUGGGAACCGUUUGAAAAAAAUAUCCAUUGCAUUGCUGUUGAUGAAGAUUGUGUCUGGGCAAUCAAGACGAAUGGUGAUGUUUUUGUAAGAACUGGAGUCACUUCUUGGAAACCAUCAGGUAGCGGUUGGAUAACUGUAAAAGUGGCAAGUGACUUAGUACAAAUAACUAGUUUGAAUGGCCUAGUUUGGGCAUUAGAUAUAUACAAUCAUGUCCAAAUAUUUAAAGGAGAACUUGAAAAUGCAUGUCUCCAAGAUGAUAAUCAGCACUCUGACUGGUGUGAGCUUCCAGGAAUCAGUGCUACUCAUGUAAUGCUUGGAGCAAAAAAUGUUUGUUGGAUUAUUGACUGUGACUAUGGUGUAUGGUUUAACGAAGAUAUUACUAAAGAAAAUCCUUUAGGUGGUACUUGGUACCAGCUCUCAUUAGGAGAUCAUCAAUCAGCGGAAAUAUCACUAUUUUCUUCUACACUUUCAUAUUUUAGGAAAGGAAACGAGCCUAAAAUGAUUAUUGCAAAUGACAUAGCUGGUGUAAUUAUUCUAGGUAAGCAAGGGACUUUACAUAUUGCGCAUGGUCAUUUGUUAGGUACAAGGUGGGAGCCAGCUAUACCAUCACAUAUGUCAGAAUCCUCUUGUUGGACUUGUGUAACUGCCGGUGGUGCUGAUAUGAACAGAGGUUUUAUCUGGGCCAUGCAACCUAAUGGGUUGUUAUUUUGUUAUAAACCAAACGGUCAAAGUUAUAAUGUUCAUCCUCCAGCUAAAGUAGUAUUGAAAUACUGUUCAGCAGGACCGCGUUCUUUAUGGGCUUUAACAGCUGGUCCUGAUGUAUAUGUAAGAAUAGGAAUAUCUGAUGUAUGCGCUCAAGGUCUUAAAUGGCUCAAAGUUAAUAUGAUAGGUCUUGAAAAUAAACGUUUAAACAGCAUUUGUUGCGGUAAUUUUGUUGUGUGGUCAGUUGAUCUUGAAGGCAAUGUUUGGUUUCAAAUCAGUCGCUCUGAAGAUAGAAGCAUUAAUGGAUUCUCUCCUGUUUGGAUAUCGGUUGAAGGCUGUCCGCUUGAUGGCAGUAAAUUUGUAAAUAUUGUUGUGGGACCCGAUGAUCGAAUAGUUUGGGCAUGUGAUGAUAUGAACAACGUCUAUACAAGAAAAGAUAUCUCUGAGAAUUUUUGGAUUGGAACGUCAUGGGAAUUAGUCUCUGAAUCUAGUUGCAAAGAUUUAGCGAUAAGCAAAAACCAUGUUUGGGGACUCUGCCCAAAUGGCGACGUCUUGUGUAGAUUUGGUGUAUCUCACAGUAACGUUAUGGGUGACUACUGGAAAAAAGUUCCAGGUAAUUUUGAACAAAUUAGUGUAAGCGCUAACGAUGAACUUUGGGGAAUUGAUCGUCAAGGCCAUCUUUAUCAAAGACAGACUAUGUUAUUUUAUGGUAGUAGCUUAAGCUGCCGGGCUCCUUCUUACAAUGACAUUUUUUCUGAUCAUAACGAUUGGGAAUUAAUAUAAUUGAAAUUUGAGAAAUUUUUUUUUUUUUUUUAGUUUUGAGACAGAAAGAUUUGAUACAAUAUUUAUAUAUUUUCUUUUUAUAUUUAUUUUUCUAUUACUAAAUACAAAGUUUUGAAAAAUUACGACACCAAAGAUAUACCAAAUUGUUCAAGCAGAAUUAUUCAUUAUACAACUCUUAGAAUAAGUGCUGGACAUGGGCUAUCUUCUUACCUUUUAAAUUUGCUGGGGAAAACAACUAGUAAUUUUUCCAGACAACUGUUAACUUAUGGUUAAGAGACAAAUCAUCGCACAAGCAAAUUGUCGUUGAAGGGAUGCUGAUGUCCAGCAUGAAUUUUAAUUCCUCGUUUUGUAUCAAUGUUUAUCUUGUAUUUUAUAUGAUUUGUGUUUGAAGAUUGUGUUCAGAAUUUCUUUUAUAUUUGCAAAUUGACAUCUUUCAUAUAUUGUAAAUCUUUUAAUUUUUUUUUUUUUUUUACCUGUUUUUUUUUGUUUUGUUUUUUGUGUACACAACUAGCUCACUUUAGUAGAUUUGAAUUAA